AUUUCCCGCUUCGGGUCUCAGUAAUGAGGAGACUGAGUUUGUGGUGGCUUCUAAGCAGGAUCUGUCUGCUGCUGCUGCCGCCCUGUGCGCUUGUCCUGGCCAGGGUCCCCGGCUCCUCAUCCCACCCGCAACCCUGCCAGAUCCUCAAGCGCAUCGGGCACACAGUGCGGAUCGGGGCAGUCCACCUGCAACCCUGGACUACAGCCACCCGCACCACCACCAGCAGUGGACAAGGCUGGAGAGGAGCAAGGGGGCAACGCAAUGACAUCUAUCCCGGGGGCGCCGCGGCGCCUGUCACAGCAGGAAAAACGGCAGGGGCCCUGGACCGCCAGGCCAGGGCGGAGACUGAGGCGGUGGCUGCAGUGGCACCGGCAGAGACAGGCGAUAGAAGUUGGCGGGCCAGGGCCCCCACAUACGUCGGUGGGGCAGAGGCUCCAAGCCGCUGGAUUGGGAGCGCCCUGCACAGCAGAGGGGCUGGGAUGCCGGGAGGCGCGGGUGAGUCAACAACACUCUUUCCGCGGGAUGCCCUGCUCUUCGCUGUGGAGAAUCUGAACCGCAUGUCGGGACUGUUGCCUUACAACCUGUCCCUGGAAGUGGUGAUGGCGAUUGAGGCUGGACUCGGAGACCUCCCUCUCCUACCCUUUUCCUCCCCGAGCUCAGCCUGGAGCAGUGACCCCGUCUCCUUCCUGCAGAGCGUGUGCCACACCGUGGUGGUACAAGGGGUAUCAGCGUUGCUUGCAUUCCCCCAAAGCCAGGGGGAGAUGCUGGAGCUCGAGUUCAUCAGCUCCGUCUUGCACAUCCCAGUAAUCAGUAUAGUGCGCUACGAAUUUCCUCGGAAGAGUCAGAAUCCCCUUCACCUACAGCUGAGUUUAGAAAAUUCAUUAAGUUCUGAUGCUGAUGUCACUGUCUCAAUCCUGACCAUGAACAACUGGUACAAUUUCAGCUUGCUGCUAUGCCAGGAAGAUUGGAACAUCACGGACUUCCUCUUCCUCACCCAGCAGAGUGCCAAGUUCCACCUGGGAUCCAUUAUCAAUAUCACCGCCAACCUCUCCUCGAGGCAAGAUCUACUGAGCUUCUUGCAAGUCCAGCUUGAGAGCAUUAAGGACACCACACCCACCAUGGUGAUGUUUGGCUGUGACAUGGAAAGCAUCCGGAGGAUUUUUGAAAUCACCACCCAGUUUGGAGGAAUGCUUCUGGAGCUCCACUGGGUUCUUGGGGAUUCCCAGAAUGUGGAAGAACUGAGGACAGAAGGUCUGCCUCUGGGCCUCAUUGCUCAUGGCAAGACCACCCAGUCUAUCUUUGAAUAUUAUGUGCAGGAUGCAAUGGAACUGGUAGCAAGGGCCAUUGCUACAGCCACCAUGAUCCAGCCAGAACUUGCACUCAUUCCCAGUACCAUGAACUGCAUGGAUGAGGGAGUCACCAAUCUCACUUCAGGGCAGUAUUUAUCAAGGUUUCUAGCCAACACUACUUUCAGGGGCCUCAGUGGUUCCAUCAAGGUGAAAGAAACCACCAUCCUAAGCUCUGAAAACAACUUUUUCAUCUGGAAUCUACAACAUGACCCAGUAGGGAAGCCAAUGUGGACCCGCCUGGGCAGCUGGCAGGGAGGGAAGAUUGUCAUGGACUAUGGAAUAUGGCCAGAACAAGCCCAAAGACACAGGACCAACUUUCAACACCCAUCCAGACUACAUCUGAGAGUGGUCACCCUGAUCGAGCAUCCCUUUGUCUUCACACGUCAGGUGGAUGAUGAUGGUCUGUGCCCUGCUGGUCAGCUCUGCCUGGACCCACUGACAAACAACUCCUCCAUAUUGGAUGAUCUUUUUGACAGCCUCCAGGGCGAUAAUGAUACAGUGCCCAUCAAGUAUAAGAAGUGUUGCUAUGGCUACUGCAUUGAUCUUCUGGAAAAGCUGGCAGAGGACCUGAACUUUGACUUUGAUCUCUACAUUGUUGGAGAUGGGAAGUAUGGAGCUUGGAAAAAUGGCCACUGGACUGGGCUAGUUGGGGACCUCUUGAGUGGGACAGCCCAUAUGGCAGUCACUUCCUUUAGUAUAAACACUGCUCGAAGCCAGGUGAUUGACUUCACCAGCCCCUUCUUCUCCACCAGCUUGGGAAUCUUAGUGAGAACCCGAGACACGGCAGCUCCUAUUGGAGCCUUCAUGUGGCCACUCCACUGGACAAUGUGGCUGGGGAUAUUUGUGGCCCUCCACAUUACCGCCAUAUUCCUCACCCUAUAUGAAUGGAAAAGUCCCUUUGGAAUGACUCCCAAAGGGCGGAAUAGGAGUAAAGUCUUCUCCUUCUCUUCGGCUUUGAAUGUCUGUUAUGCCAUCUUGUUUGGUAGAACUGUGGCCAUCAAACCUCCCAAAUGCUGGACUGGAAGAUUUUUAAUGAAUCUCUGGGCUAUUUUCUGUUUGUUUUGCCUUUCCACAUACACAGCAAAUCUAGCUGCUGUCAUGGUUGGAGAGAAAAUAUAUGAAGAGCUCUCUGGGAUACAUGACCCAAAGCUUCAUCAUCCCUCUCAAGGCUUUCGAUUCGGAACAGUUCGGGAAAGCAGUGCUGAAGACUAUGUGAAGCAAAGCUUCCCAGAGAUGUAUGAAUAUAUGAGAAGGUACAAUGUACCAGCCACCCCAGAUGGAGUGGAGUAUUUGAAGAAUGAUCCAGAGAAGCUGGACGCCUUCAUCAUGGACAAAGCACUCCUUGACUAUGAAGUGUCCAUUGACGCUGACUGCAAACUGCUCACAGUGGGGAAACCAUUUGCCAUUGAAGGCUAUGGUAUUGGCCUUCCUCCAAACUCUCCACUGACCUCAAAUAUAUCAGAACUUAUCAGCCAGUACAAGUCACAUGGAUUUAUGGACGUGCUGCAUGACAAAUGGUACAAGGUGGUUCCCUGUGGCAAGAGAAGCUUUGCUGUCACUGAGACUUUACAAAUGGGUAUUAAGCACUUUUCCGGACUCUUCGUGAUGUUGUGCAUUGGCAUUGGCUUAUCUAUCUUAACUACCAUUGGAGAGCACAUAGUAUACAGGCUGAUCCUACCACGAAUCAAAAAGAAAUCCAAGAUGAAGUACUGGCUUCACACCAGUCAGAGGUUACAUAGAGCUCUAAAUACCUCAUUUGUUGAGGAAAAGCAGCAGCUGAAGACAAAGCAAGUGGAAAAAAGGUCCAACGCAGCAAACAGUCAGCUCAGCGUAUGGAAUACUGCCAACCUGAGCCACUGCAAUCGGCGGAAAUACACCUACAGUGAUGAAGGGCAAAGCCACCUGAACAUGCACCCCCAUCAGGGGAUCUCCCUCCCUAUAGUGAGGAGAGAGAUUCCCACUUCCCUCACCACCAAUGGGAAACCUGACUCCCUAAAUACUGCUAGGAACUCAGUGACCCAGGAGCUCACUGAGCUGGAGAAGCAGAUUCAGGUAAUCAGGCAAGACCUAAGACUGGCCAUGAACAGGAAGAACCAACUGGAAGAAUAUCAGAGGACAAAUAGGACAGUCGAGUCCUAAGUGAUCCAAUCUCUAUCUGUUCUGUCCUGACCUUCCUGUCCUUCCCCCAAGCCACUUUCAACCUUUCUCUAACCCCUCUGUAAAAUUUGUAAUGCACUUUUGUAACUGCUGGCAGUGGUGAAGGAGAACAAAACAAUAGGUUCUCCUUAGAAGGCAAUCUCAAAAUGGCUCAUCAAUUUCCAUCCUCCAGGGUGGUAUUCUCAUUCGGAGAAAGAAUCUCUUCCUUCCUCUAUGUGAACUUCGAAUCAGUCAAGGGCAAUCUUGGACAAAGUAACAAAUCAGACCAUGCUCAUCUCCUGUUUCCUUCUUCACCUGGUGCCACAUUUCUGGUUUUUAGCCCUUUCAGUGCAUUAAAAAAAAAAAGUCAAUCAGACCUGUGUCUCUUACUGGGUUUUGAUGUUUUUACUAGUACAAGCAUACCUCGACUAACAUGAUUAAUCAGGCAUGAUAAUGUUGUAGGAGACAACCAGUUCCACGGAUUUAAUGUUUUCAGUGGUCAACUGGCCUGACAAUGAUAUAUCAGGGUUUCAUGAUGUGACAAUGUGGUUACUUCGUGUUAAUGUUAUUGCAAAAAUAUUGUGGACAGUGCAACGUUAGGAGAGGUGUGAUUGUACAGAACGGUUACCCAGGACUAUAUAUUUUAAUAAUAUUUCUUCAAUUUAACCCAACUCAAAUUUGGGGAUGGUUUUUUCAUUUUGGGGGUAGGAUAAGUGAAAAAAGGGCAGUGAAGAAAAGAUGAACUGAACCGUCAAAAAGCUAAUUGGGUUUGACUCUGUUAAGCAACAAGUUUGAUUCUGUUAAGACUCUAUUAGAGCCAAUCCUGCUAAAAAAAAAAUGGCAUCAUAUUCUUGAGUCAAGCUAAGCUUUCUUUAUAAGUGUGUGCCUUUUGUAAGAGACAAAAAGAAUGAGAGAAAAGAAGACAGAGAUGAGGCCUCUCUGAUGAACAUCUGUUGUUUACUAUUUGUAAUAGGAUGUGUGUGACUGUGAAUCCUGUGAAAAUGUUUGUGCAAACCAUGUGAUGGGUUAAUUCUCAAAUUAGCAACAAUCUGUCCUCUGACUGUAGGAAGCCCCAAAAGUGAUCCUCAUGCAUGCGACAGAACCUGUUCCAUCCCAUGCUUGAACUUUCAGGCAUCUACCCUUCCUUUUUGUGAAAUUAUUGUGAUAUUUGCCAAAUGCCCCGGUCACCAAAGGCAUAUUGAAAUGACUCUUGGUUCCUCCAGUUGGUAUCUCUAGCACAUUUAUCACCUCCAUGAAGUUGGAUCUGAGUUAUCUAGUUGUCUCUUUUUAGCUACCUCCUAACCCCCACAUAGCUCUCUGGAUAAGUAAGAUUGGGAUGGAGCCAGGGAAGCCAAAAGAUCACAGCGGCUGAGGGCCCUGAGUGCUCUGAAACAAAGUAUUACUGCCUUUGGGACAAUAUGCUUACAAUGUCACCUUCCAUUGCCACUAGGGCAGCAAAAAAUGUCACUCAGGAAUAGACUCUCCUUUAUAUCAGUUACAUUCUUUUUUUCCCAAUACUCACCAUUUGUCCCAGUUAAUCCAUUCAAACGUUAUUAAGCACCUAUUAAUUCCAGGAACUGCUUUGCACUAGAUGCUGAUGGAUAGGUGAGUAAAAUCUUCACAGUCUCUGCCUUCACAAGCUUCCUUUUUGAGUGCCUCUUAAGUGACUGGCACAGUAAGUAGCUGGCUACACCCAGUCAACAUGACAAGUAGUUACCCAUCUCCAACAAGUGAAUGAAAGGGCUCCUAGCUCUCCAACUGUCCCUCACUUUACGUUGUGGCAUUUGAAGUUUCUACUAAAGUCAUUCUCUUAAAUGGAGAACUGAAUUUUCUGGAUGCUCCCAUUAACAUUCAAAUACUCCUAGCUAAGUAAUACUUUCAACCUUGAGGGUAAUAAAUCACAACUGGAAAAUGAGUCAAUAGGAAACAAAGCAAAAGAGAUACCUCAAGAAGGGGAAAUGGGAAGGAAGAGGGACUAAAAACCUUUAAAAGUUUCAGCCAACCCUUCUCUUAGGCUAUCCCUCACAGGGCUCUAAAGCAGGAAGCCCUGAGUUUGAAGGCACAUCUCUAAAACUAUCUCCCAGAAUUUUCUAAUUACAGCCCAGGAUACCGUAGGGACCAGGUCAUUACCCUCUGUGCACCUCUUAUCCAAAAGGUUUAUGUACUGGUGUACCUCACUUCACACAGUAGCCAGGUUCUGGAAAAGUUGCCUGUAAAUGGAAAUUUUUGUAAAUCUAAUUAUAUUCUAACUGCAUUUGGGUGGCUAACUACAUAGAGGAACCCAGCAGUCUUUUGUAAAGUGAAGACUCCUUUUGUAAUGCAAAUAAUUAUCCCCUAAUUUAUUUUUUUCUAAGUUUGGGUUUUUUAACAAUGGAUUUAAUUAAAGCAGGGCACACAUCAAUAUAAAGACAUUUUGAGGAAUGCUUUUUUGGGUUUCUCUAUCUUGUCACAAAAUAGACAGUAAUUUUUUCCCCACUCAGUCACUCAAUGUCUGUUCUGGACUAUUGGGUGAUAACUGGCUGUCACUGGUAUACCUGGGAUAGAAAAGUAGUAGCCACCUGAAGGUCAGCUGUUGGGGGCUGUCACCAGGUUUACUGUCACUGAUGUUGCUUGAAAUGAUUUCAUUUUCUGGAAAAAAAAAUUUCUUGUGAUGAAAUGAAACUGUUUUCAUGUUAAAUUGUGAUGGUUAUUUUUAUUGCUGGUGGUUGAACAGUGUUUUGCAACUUGUGAAAAGUGUGCUGUAUUUUGUAAAAAAGCUUUCAUGAAAUUAUGAGUCCUUCAAAACAACUCUGCUCUGCUCUGUUCUACCCUAUUCUUACCUGGGCUCUAGAGGCUUAUGCCCUACUUGGGCUCUAAGAGAAAAAGUCAGUGACCUUCAGGUUAGGGAUGGUAUCAUAUAAGAAAGAAAAGGAGUUUUCAUCCCUUG